GUAAGCCCUUCUGGGGACAGUGAGUGCAAUCUCCCUGUACACCCAUCCUUGGGCAAGGACCCAGAGACCUCUGGUGCUGAGCCCAGAGGCUGAAGUGCUACAGAAGAACUAGAGAAGGACAGAGCAAAGCCAUGAUAUUUCCAUGGAAAUGUCAGAGUGCUCAGAGGGGCUUAUGGAAUGUUUUUGAGCUGUGGGCCUGGACUGUGCUCUGUUGUGAUUUCUUCGCACAUCAUGGAACCGAUUGCUGGACUUACCAUUAUUCUAAAAGACCCAUGACCUGGGAAAAGUCUAGAAUGUUCUGCAGAAAAAAUUACACGGAUUUAGUUGCCAUACAAAACAAGGGGGAGAUUGAGUACCUGAACAAGACGCUUCCCUUCAGUCCUAAAUACUACUGGAUAGGAAUCCGGAAGGUAGGAGGGGCAUGGACUUGGGUAGGGACCAACAAAUCUCUCACCGAAGAAGCGGAGAACUGGGGCGAUGGGGAACCCAACAACAAGAAGAGUAAAGAAGACUGUGUGGAGAUCUACAUCAAGAGGGAAAAGGACGCAGGGAAAUGGAAUGACGAUGCCUGCCACAAAGCAAAGACAGCCCUCUGCUACACAGCUUCUUGUCAACCCUGGUCAUGCAGCGGCCAUGGACAAUGUAUGGAAAUCAUCAAUAAUUACACCUGCAACUGUGAUUUGGGGUACUACGGGCCCCAGUGUCAGUUCGUGACUCAGUGUGAGCCUUUGGAGGCCCCAGAGCUGGGUACCAUGGCCUGUAUUCACCCUUUGGGAAACUUCAGCUUCACAUCACAGUGUGCCUUCACCUGCUUUGAGGGAACAGACAUAGUUGGGAUUGAAGAAACCAUUUGUGGACCAUUUGGAAACUGGUCAUCUCCAAAGCCAACAUGUCGAGUGAUUCAGUGUGAGCCUCUAACAGCACCUGAUUUUGGAACCAUGGACUGUAGUCAUCCCUUGGUCGACUUCGGCUUUACCUCCAUGUGUACCUUCAGCUGCUCAGAAGGAGCUGAGUUAAUUGGGGAAAAGAAAACUAUUUGUGGAUCAUCUGGAAAUUGGUCCAGCCCUAGUCCAAUAUGUCAAAAAGUGGACAGGAAUUUCUCAAUAAUCAAGGAGAGUGACUAUAACCCCCUCUUCAUUCCGGUGGCAGUCAUGAUUACCUCUUUCUCUGGGUUGGCAUUUAUCAUUUGGCUGGCAAGGAGAUUGAAAAAAGGCAAAAAGUCUCAGAGAAGCAUGGAUGUGCCGUAUUGAACGACCUGCUGUGAAAGAAAAUUCUUGGGAAACUGAAGUGUCACUGGAUCCUUCGAAUCCCCCUCCAUGCAAAGUUUCGCCUGGUGGCAUCUUGUACACUGAAGAUGAAGUGUGUCUAUUUCAGUGCAUCUGAAAAGUUUUCAAUACGACCAGCUGCUCCUUCGGUUUCCAUUUUGCCCCAUCACCCCUACCCCCCAAAGUUUCAGUGCACAGUUGUGGGUUUUAUAGCUCAGUAUUUUAUUCUUUUUUCCAUGGACAAACAAGACCCUGGGAAAAGGAUUACUGUGGAAUAUAAAUAUGCCAAUUUCACUCUCUUUCUCGACUCUGGCUUCCAGCUUCAGUUCUGAGCUGUACCUGAUGACAUAUACUUUGAAAUAUAGUGAAAAUUUGAUACAUAUGCAA